GAGACAGUGGAACAGUGAUAGGGCGGCUCGACACUUGCUUUAACUGAAUGUAUACUCAACUCCUCCUCCUCGAUUACUCACAUGCAGCUUUCCUGGCAAAGAGAAAAAACUGCAUACGAAACCAGCUUUCUCAGACCUCAAAAAGGAUCUAAUUGCGAGCACCAACAGCUUUUGUUUUCUAGAAAAUAAUAUAGAUGUACUAAGAUACAAUCAAACGCUGCGUUGCCACCAACUUGGACUCCAGUUAGACCUUGAUGAGGAGGCACCCACAAGGAGACGCACGCGCCGACAUCUAAAAAAUGAUUCUAUGUUUUUGAUUUCUUUGCUAUCAGUUCGUUUGGAAAAUAUUUUGUUGUCACAGUGAAACGCUAAACGAUUGCCGGUUCAGUGGCGCAAACCAGAGAUCAUCUGGCUCUGAAAACAAACAAAUCGUUUCCCAUGCCCUGCAAAUUAUUUUCAUCCAAAUUCUGGUGAGGAGAAGGGACCGGUACCAGACCCAUGCAAGAAGAGCUUCGCUAGCUGGUAUGUUUUAAUGAUCGUCUUAGCAAUCUGCAAUUGUUGGUCUCCUUGACAUUACUCGCAUGAUAACAAAGUAUUGAUUGUAUCAGCUCCUAAUAAUCACACGAAUAAACGUCGGAGUCUGCACGUUUAUUAAUUAAUCAAUCAAUCAAAUCUUUGUUAUAAUGAGAGCUGCAGAGAUUCGGAUGGUGAUUUCCAUUGGCAAAUGAUACAGUGUGGCGAACACGUGUCCAUUUUUGCCUCUGAUUUUUUUUGAUCUGGAAUUCUUACUUGUCGCACCGAGAGGGGAAUAACCUGACUGCAAAUGCACGGGCUUGGUUUGCGUCUUAAGGAAAUCUUGGGUUGCAGAUCUGAAGAAAACACCUACAACAUCAUACCCUCUGCGGCAACUAUGCUUUUCCAUGGCCUCUCAGGAGGCGACAUGCAUGGUGUUGUAGAAGAAAUGGACCGAAGAGGAAAAAGCGAAUCAGCAGCUAUCAGUUCGUCCAUAGAUAUGGGAGAAUCUGAAACGAACAUGCCAUGCAUGAACAGCGACAGAGUGGCACUGUGCGCGGGCUGCGGUGGAAAGAUUGCUGAUCGCUAUUACCUGCUCGCAGUAGACAAACAGUGGCACAUGCGCUGUUUGAAAUGUUGCGAGUGUAAACUCAACUUGGAAUCAGAGCUCACCUGCUUUAGUAAAGAUGGAAGCAUCUACUGCAAGGAAGAUUAUUACAGAAGAUUCUCUGUCCAGAGAUGUGCCCGGUGCCACCUCGGGAUCUCGGCUUCAGAAAUGGUCAUGCGGGCCAGGGACUUGGUGUACCACUUGAACUGUUUCACGUGCACAACAUGCAACAAGAUGCUAACAACCGGGGACCACUUUGGCAUGAAAGACAGUUUGGUAUACUGUCGGCUGCACUUUGAAACGCUGAUACAGGGAGACUACCCGACACAUUUCAAUCAUGCGGAUGUAGCUUCUCACAAAGGACUGGGCAGUGCCAAUACACUAGGACUAUCAUACUUCAACGGCGUGGGGACGGUACAGAAAGGGAGGCCCAGGAAAAGGAAAAGUCCGGGACCAGGAGCUGAUCUGGCCGCCUACAAUGCAGCACUCAGCUGUAAUGAGAAUGAUGGCGACUCCAUGGACAGAGACUCACAGUAUAGCUCCAGCCAGAAAACCAAGCGCAUGCGGACCUCCUUUAAACACCACCAGCUGAGGACCAUGAAGUCCUACUUUGCCAUCAACCACAACCCGGAUGCAAAGGACCUGAAGCAGCUCGCUCAGAAAACGGGCCUCACCAAGCGCGUAUUACAGGUCUGGUUCCAGAAUGCUAGGGCCAAGUUCCGGCGGAACCUCCUGCGGCAGGAGAACACAGGCGUGGACAAGACCCCGGACGGCUCCACACUGCAGGGGGGCACGCCCUCCGGACCCGCCUCCGAGAUCUCCAACGCCUCCAUGAGCCCUUCCAGCACCCCCACCACCCUGACGGACCUGACCAACCCCACCAUGCCCACCGUCACCUCCGUCCUGUCCUCCGUGCCAGGGGGGAUGGACGUCCACGAGUGCAGGAGCCCAUCGCAGACCACCCUGACCAGCCUCUUCUGAUGCCCAUCCCAGACCGUCAUUGCUUCCCUCCAGCCCCCUGCCCUUUAAACCUUGCCCACACCAGCUAGUCCCACAGCCCUGUCCAACCUCUGUCCACUCGGAACUAAAGCAGAGACCCAUGAUAGAGACUAAAUGGAAUAAGAAAUAAAAAAGGUAAAGAGACAGACUCUUACUUUUGCUGAGCCCAUUUUGAAUAUUUGCAUAGCGAGGCUGCCCAGCCUCACUAAAGAACAGUUGUUGUUAUUUUGUUGUUGUUUUGUCGAGAACUGAAGAGACUUGAUUUGCAUUUUUCAAUGUUUACAGAAUGAAACUGGGGAAAAGAAAACUGCUUAAUUUUUGGAAAUUCAAAUUUUCCAGCACAGUAUUUAUGUUGUUGUAUAGGAGUUACUGCUAGGAACCCUUGAAAAGGAUUGUAAAAUUAUGGGAAAUCUGAGAUUAAACACAGGUUAACAUAUACUUAAACUGCCAUGUGACAUUCCAUUUUAUUUCCAAAACACACUGUGUGUGUGUGUGUUUGUCUGUGGGUGUGUGUGUCUGUGUGUGUGUGUGUGUGUGGGUGUAUGUGUGCUAAUAUGGGUUUUAGCUAUUGAACUUUAAAUUUAAGAGUUGGCAAACUUGGAGAUAACAUACAAGCACAUUACUGUAUACGAUGUCACGAUAGCUGGGAAUCAAUUACCCAAUAAAGGUUUGGUUUUAAAACAAUUCUAUACCUCAAUUACACAUGACUGCUAAAGACACAAAGAUUACGGUUAAAAUUACUCAGCCACAAUGUUUACCUCAAUAUGACGUUUCUCAUUAAAAAUAUAUUUCAUUUUGACAGUGUAAAUGAUAUUUAGACAUAGUUUUAAUUAUUUGCCCACUCCCUGUUAGUUUACACAUGAGCUCAUAUGAGGUAGAACAUAUUGGAUCUGUUCUGUGCUGCUCUUUCCACAAUCACCACCACUAUCACUAGUUCUACAGUACCAUAACUACUGAUACUACUGUACUACUUCUGCUACAACUUUACAACUAUUCAUGUAGUAGAGCCUGCUGCUGUCCAAUGCUGUAUCGUCUUCAUGGAUCUCGUUGUGUUCCCGACACAUUUAAUUCCCUUAUUUUUU